AUGCUGCGACUGUCCCCCGCGCUGCGUGCGGCCGCGCGCAUGGCGCGUGUGCCCCGCGCGUCUAUAGCGCCGGUGCGUGGGUACGCCCAGGCCACGCCCGAGGCGCCGAGCGCUCCGGCGGCCGCUCCUGAGAAGCCCGCCGAGGGCCAAGAAGCGGCUGCGGACGGCGCCGAGCGUGUCUCGCUCGAGUCUGCCGUCGAGUUCUCCAUGCCCGGCUUUACUGCCGAGCAGCCUGCGAGCGAGCCGGUGGCGCCCCCGCCCAAGUCGCGCGAGGCGAACGCGCCCCACCGCAUGCACGUCCAGUCCACGCGGAACAAUACCAUUGUCACUCUCACGACGCCCACUGGCGAGCCGCUGGCGAACGCGAGCGGCGGCACGGUCGGCUUCAAAAAGGCGGGCCGCUCCGGCUAUGAGGCCGGCUACCGCUCUGCGCUGCGCGUCUUUUCGCGCAUCGCCGAAAACCAGGCGCGCUGGCGCAUCAACUCGAUCGAGGUGCUCUGGAACGGCUUCGGCCAGGGCCGCGAGGCCGUCUUCCGCGCGAUGAUGGCGUCCGAGGGCGAGCAGGUGCGCAACCUCGUCAAGGUCAUGACCGACAAAACGCCGAUCAAGGUCGGCGGCGUCCGCCCCAAGAAACGGAGAAUGCUGUAA